AUGAUAUUCAGAAAUUCUUCCCUGGAGUCUAUUCUGAUCACAUCUCGGCUCGAAACAUUGACUGAGCUAGGGGAGUCCUUUCCCAUACGCAGGCUUGACCCCAACAAUGCGAUCCAACUACUCUUACGAAGCAGCCGUCUAUCAGUGGAUAGGACUAUCGGUGAACUUGAGAGCAAACCAGAAAUCCUUGCCCUUGCCAGUCGGUUAGAUGGGCUGCCAUUGGCCAUUGUUAUCGCCGGGUCCUAUAUACGUCAAACUGGAGCCAGCAUUGCUAGGUACUUGCAACUCUACCAAGAAUCUUGGUCCAGCUUACAAUUGCAAUCGAAACCUGGACGCCAGUACCAAGGCAACAUGCUACAGACGUGGCUGAUCUCAUAUCACGAGAUUCAAAAGCGGGACUCAAACGCAGCCCGACUGCUGUUGCUUUUUGCUCACUUUGACAAUCGGGACAUCUGGUAUGAGCUGAUUCGGAGUGGCUGUAAUGACUCUGCCGCCCCAGUGUGGCUGUAUGAAAGCGCUGCAACUUUUCUUGGAUUUUCAAACAAAGUGAGGAUUCUUAUUGAGUUUUCUCUUAUUGAAUUCAAGCAACAGGGAGAAAGCUAUGCUAUGCAUCCAGUGGUACAGGACUGGUGUCUUCACAUCACCAGUACUAAUGAGAACAUGAAUUCGCUCGUACUCAAAGAAGUGGCUUUGAUAUCCGUUGGAUAUAUUGUGCCUAGCAAAAGCGAGAGAAAUUACGCAGAGCUUCAGAGACGGCUUGUUCCGCACGCCAAUUAUAUACUUGGUAGAGAUUGGCUAGGAGACGAUACUAGGGUACGAGUGACUUUGCAUAGUCUAGGAAAACUCUACGCUAAUCAGGGGAAGCUAAAAGAGGCAGAGGAGAUGUACCGGCGAGCUCUAGCGGGCUACGAGAAGGCCCUCGGUCCAGAUCAUACGUCGACCCUUGAUACAGUUAAUAACCUUGAUAUUCUCUACUGUCAUCAGGGGAAGCUGAGUGAGACAGAGGAGAUGUACCAGUGA